UCCGGUUUAGAUCACAUCACUUCGGAGUUUCUCUCACGCGUUUCUCUUCAUCAUGGCGCGUUGCGCUCCGGACACCCGUUCCGUUCCGUUCCCGUGAUGCACGGGAUGAUGAUGAUGAUGGUGACGGAUGAAAGAUGGAGAAACUAUCCGCGAGCAUUAACGGACUCUCGUGGAGCUCCGUGUCGCUGCCGCUGGAUGUGAUCGUGAGCAAAUUCCGCUUACCGACACUCGUGCGGCUGAGCCACGGUGAGAAUGUGGAGGGUCUGUCGGAGGAGGAUGUGAUUUUACUUCACUCCUGCAGACAGUGGACCACCGUCACUGCCCACAGCCUGGAGGAGGGUCAUUACGUGAUCGGACCCAAAAUAGACAUCCCACUGCAGUAUCAAGGGAAGUUUAAGUUAUUGGAUCAGGAUCGGGAUGUUCGUGAGCCGGUUCAGUACUUUGGAAGCGUGGAGGAAAUCGCAGGAAACUUUCCUGAUCGCGUGUUCGUCAUGGAGCCCAUCACAUUUAGCGUUAAGGUGGUUUCUGGGGAGUUUACAGAGGACAGUGAGUUGUAUAAUUUCUCUCUGCAGGCGGGAGAUGAAUUAACCCUCAUGGGCCAGGCAGAACUGCUCUGCGUCCAAUCGACUCGCGAGAAAUCCCGCCUGACUGCGCUGCUACGGCGACUGGGCAAAGCAGGUGGAGCUCUGGGACGUCCCACCCGCACGAAGAUGCCUUGUUUGAUAUGCAUGAACCAUCGGACCAAUGAGAGCGUCAGUCUGCCGUUCCAGUGCCGCGGGCAGUUCUGCACGCGUUCACCGCAGGAGCUGCAGAUGCAGGGAGGUGAACACACCGUGCGCAGCAUCAUCGAGCGCGUGCGUUUGCCCGUGAACGUGUCUGUGCCGUCGCGACCUCCUCGCAACCCGUACGACCUGCACGCGAUCCGUGAGGGCCAUCGAUAUAAACUCCUCAGCAUCAUCAGCAAAACUGUCGUUCUCUGCUGCAUACUUCGCAAAAAGGAAGUCACGCCGUCUCACUUCCUGUUAUUAACGGACAUGCCGCGCUUCACUCUGCCGGAGGGUUUAUUGCGUGCAGAUGCUUCCUACCAGCAGGUGGUGCUACAGUGCGCUCUGCGUUGCCAGGAAAGCUUCGAUCCGGACAAUUACUCGCGUGCUGUUCGUGAGGUAAAGACGGAUUUUUCUGAGGAAUGUCUUAGUCCGCGGCGGAUUCGGGUGUGCGUUCAGGGCUACGGGCACGACGAGCUCGGGACGUCUCUGCAGAGACUGUCUCUGUGCGUGUAUGGAGGCGGAGCCGUCACACACACUAUCUCACACGGCUGCAGAGACUCGCUGGUCGACUCGCACACGCUGCCCUCUAGUGACGGAGAGGAGCGAGAAUACGUCAUGCCCGAUUGGUCGACAGAGACGCAGGAAAUUCCGUACGAGGAGCUCUGGACCAAUCAGAGUUCUGGAAGUUUCGGGGGGACGUCUGAGAGCGCAGUGAAGGCGGAGCAUAACCUCAUAUCCUUCCACUCCACUACCACGUCAUUGGAUGGAACGGUGGGCUCCACCCACGUCGCCAUGGUGCAGAUGGAAGCAGGAAGAGUGUCGAGAGUAUCGACUCCACCUCCCGUCCCACCCAAAUCUGAAGCUGUGAAAGAAGAGUGUCGUUUCUUAAACGCUCCACCUGUUCCGCCCCGCUGUGCUAAAGGCCCCGCCCCCAGCCCUCCAGCCCCCACCCGCUUUCCUAAAACUCCGCCCACACAAACACUCAACCCAAACCUCUCAUUUUAUUCCUCUGGACUGCAAGAAAGUUCUGCUCCUCGUAGUGGCAGCAACUCUCCAUCACCAGACUCUUAUUCUCUGUAUUGUUACCCCUGCACUUGGGCCGACUGUGUGACCUCUGACCCCAGCGUGAGCCCUGAUCCCACCCAGCCCGCGCAGGCCUGUUGGUCCCACCCACGAGGAGGCGGGGCCUACACCUCCAACAUCCUCAAUACACCUCUGCUCAGUACAGACUCCGCCCAAAAGAACUACUCCACCUGCCCUAGACCGCGGCCAGUGGCACAAAACCGCUUCGCACCGUUUGGCGCCCUAAACCCCUUUGCCAAUCCGGGACACACCCACGCCUCCUCCGAUUGGCUCACCACUGGUAGGAACUCUCCCACUCUGAUACCCGACCUCAUUAUCUCCACCCCCAAGGAGCCUCAAGCCAAUCAGGGAGGUUCAGAAGGCGGCCCUGAGACUCCGCCCAGACCAGUCAAGAGUUUAGAGGAGGACACGGUCAUCGCAGAUCCCUCCUCUGGAUCGGUCGCCGUGGCGAAGGGGGCAGAGGGCGGGGCUGGGUCAUCUUGGCGACCCCCAGCAGAGCUGUGCUGGCUCUCUGUGGAGGAGGUUUCGUCCAGUCUGCGGUUCAUCGGCCUUUCGGACGACGUGAUUGGUCUGUUCAGCCGAGAGAGGAUCGACGGCUCUAUUUUCACUCAGUUGACGGAGGAAAUCUUGUCGGAGGACUUUAAACUCACCAAACUACAAGUCAAAAAAAUCAUGCAGUUCAUCAAGGGAUGGAGACCCAAGAUAUGAUGGCAGCAUCCUCGUGAAUUGAAGGAAUGUUUUUGUUUGAGAGACACAAGAGUACUCAGCCACAAUGAGUGCUUCUGCUCGGACUUUUUCAGAUGUUUUAUAAGUGUGUGUAUGUAUGUGUGUGUGUGUGAAAUACACCUCUCUAAUCGAAGGACUGACAGAUCGUGACUAAUAUAUUAUGGAGCACUAUUUGAUGUUUUUGUUAUGAAUAUUUUUAUUUCUGGGGUGGGAUGGUUUUGUGCGCCUUCAGUAGACAGUCAGAACUUAUGGUGUGGCUGUUCGGUUUACUGACUGUGUUUUGACCUCUUUUGUAUGUUUUCUGGUAACCUGACAUGUUUGUCAGUUGGACUUGGGACUUGGAUGAAUCUCAUGAAACAGG